GACCGCUCAAACGAUGUGGCUUGUGAUGUAGAAUUCGGUACUGCGAAUUCCGCUAUCGGAGAAAACCGAUGCACUGUGCAAAUGGUCGAGCUUUAGGCCAUGGUGUCCAUUGUUGUGGUCUCGGAAAACUAACUUGCUCGGAGCUGGCCCAUUGGUCUUUGAUUCACGAGUAAUGCAUUUCGGUAUACUAAGCCAGCUCUGCUAUUUCCAACUCCAAGGCGUGGAAGUGGACGGUGUAUGCGGAAUUGUAGACAUCCACAUUGAGACAUGUUUCAGCCAGAUAGCUUGCGUUUUUGAUACUAACGAUAGUGGCAUCGAUGACCACAACAAAGGCGAAGAGAAGGUAGCGUGGAGGCAUGCCAGAGUCCCAACUGACCAGAUUCUUGUACCCAAGCGAGGAAGCAUUUGUCGAUCUGCCUAUGACUCAGCGUUGUAUGAUCGUUCCCGCAAGCAUCUUGGCUCUGUGUCCGACUAUCCGAACGAGAACGCUUACGAGUCCUUCGCAACUGCAUGUAGACUGCCAUUGUCGUACUCGAUCUUGCAUCAUCGAUGCUCGGGCUUGCAUUGUUAG